ACACAAUCCAUUUGACGUACAACAGAUUGUUUACGUCCGUACGCCACACAGUAUUGUUUCUGUGAACAAAUUUGCUAAUGUUGGUUCAAGAAUCUUAGUUUUAUUUCUGUACAAUUUACCGGCUAGAAAUUCUGUAAUACGUCGAUUGCAAGUGCCUUGAUUUUGCAUUUAACUGGAACGUGGAACCAGGAAUGCGUCACUAUAUUCCGUGCGGUUCUUUGCCGGUAGUUCACUUCGUCUGAUAUUUAUUAUCACAGAAUUAGUUCUCUUUUUACUUUAUGAUACGUUCUAUUCUACAAUUUCAACUUGGCUUGUAGUGGAACAUAGUGCAUCUAAUACUAUAUAAAACAACCGACCAUAUUAUGUGGCCAGCGAAAUGAACGUUGUUCAACGAAGCAAAAAUCCCAAUUUCCUACGAACGAGCUGCACCGAUAACUGGUCGGUCCCGUUCUGCAACUGCGAGUAUCCAAAUGAAACCCGAUGGAAACAUUCGACGAAGAAAAUGCUGCCGUGCAGCUGCGGAGAAGAUACAUCGACAAGGCUAGAUUGGAUAUGGGAUAAAGCAUUAACAUUCGAAACGGUGGUAUCUGGUGCGGAAGUGAUUUUUCACCCAGUGUACAGCCAAGGAACUACCAUAGUCCGUGGUAAUGAACCAUUAUACCGAGGGCGACACCAUUACUGGGAACUGAAAAUUCUUUCACCCCUAUCCGGGACAGACAUCAUGUUUGGCAUUGGCACUGAUAAGGUGGAUUUACUUCGGCAUCAGUUUUCAUUCACCAGUGUGCUAGGGAUCGACGACCAAUCGUGGGGCUAUUCCUAUCGUGGGUUGGCACAGCACAAUGGCCAACUGAAGUAUUAUGGAAAGAAGUUCAGCCGUGGCCGCAUCAUUGGUAUCUACGUGGACAUGUUUCGUGGUACAUUGGAAUAUUUUCUUAACCGACGUUCGCUUGGCCGAGCGUAUUCGGGCAUUCCGAGAGAAGACGGAGUAGAAAUAUAUCCGAUGGUUUCAUCAACGUCCGCCAAAUCGUCCGUUAAGCUUAUAAAUGCUGCCUCUUUCGAAGAUAAUCUGAGGUUUAAUUGCAUGAAGGUGGUUUGUAAAUACCCAAAGCUCCUCGCACAGGUAAAUGCUAUACCAGGCCUGAAGAAGAUCGCACAAGAGCUAUGGUUCUUGCAAUUAAAAGAGCCUAACCGGACAGAGGACUUCGCACUUAACAAUUUACAUCUGGCCGACGAAGCAGUACUGUGUGGUAAAAAGCUAAAACUCUUCAACUCAACCGAUUCGGCCGCUGGUAACGAUUCCAAAGGACAGGAAAUCAAUUCGGAAUCCCAAAUCUAUGAUAGCUUAAUGAAGCGCGAGGAUCUCAACGAAGAAACCACGAGAUCAUCAAAAUCACACAACCACCGCUUCAUUUCUACUGAGUCUAAUAGUGAGGAUGAUGAGCUGGCUGUGAUUAUUUAGAUAAAUACUAUUUAUACUGCCAGUAUACUGGUAACCAGUAUACUGCAGGCGUGUGUACUGAACCAGUGCCAUCCAUUUCAAUCAUUUUACCACUACAGUUGUUACCAUCGUAAGGAUAAACAUAAAUUAACCUAAAAUUGGGAUCAAAAUGAUGCUGACGAAGUAAGUAAUCUUUUGUUAUGUUAGUCAUUUUUUUCCUACUUGUGGAUUUUCCUCGAAGUAAUAUGGUUAUUUUACAACUAAAACUAAAUACUUCAUGAUAUACGGCUUGUGUAUGAUACGUAUGUUCAUCAACCGAGUUGGAAGCUCAUUCAUACUCGUUAUCUUAAAUUUCGUCUAGCAUUUAUUUUGCAGAUGUAUCGUGUACUUCCGUAUGAAUUAAUAAAGACUUUGAUUUUCACGAUUGAUAAACCUUAACAUAGAACUGUUUAUACAUUACGAGGUUUUUGGACCGUUCCUCCCUAAUAAAGAAAAGAAACAUACAAUUGUUUAGUAAUAUAAGCAUUUUUCUUCUUAUUUAGUACAGCUGUUGAAUCAAGCCAAGGCCUCCAGGGUCUCUAGGGUUGGGCCAAUUGGCCGAUACCACGGGUGUGAGACCUUAAAAAGUCUCGUCUCAAAAUAAGAAAUCGUCAUAUUAAAAACGCACGAUAAUCAUAUCAUUAUUCAAAGUGCUUCUAAAGUAAUUGAACAUGACUUAACACACAUACACAUACACAAGUUCACUAUAAAAUAUAAAUACGAAGAAUAAUAAAAAAUAUUAAUAAGAGUUAACAAUAAACGGUUAGAUUAGGGUAUAGCGGAAAUUCAAAGAUGAAUAGAAUCGCUUGAAAACGAAGUUAGAUGAGUUCAGUGGAACCACCCCUCAUGACGAGUUGUUCGCAUAAAAAAUCAAAAACCUCUCAUAACAAAUAAAAUCUCGCAUAACGAGUUAUAUCACUUAUGUUUUUAGUGUGUUUUUUGGAGGCGGUAAAAUCUAGAUCACGAACGGUAAACAUUGAGCAUAUUAUUGAUGGUAAUUAUCACAUAGGCAAUCAAAGCUCUUAUUUGAUUUUAAGCAAUUGUUUAAUAUUACACUAUUAUCAGGAGCAAAAGUGUCGUAUAAUGAUGUGAGGCGCAAGUGUGGUAUAUGUUGGUUUCUAGCGCGUUUUUCUGAAUUGCUUAUGAAGGCGAAAGUUUCAUCUGUCAAUUGCUGCCACUUGUAGGCUGGGAACAGAAUUUUUCAAAUAUGUUUUAGGUAAAAACAAAUAAGAGAGAAAAUGUGUAUGCUUGAGCAAUUCAUUGGUGCACUCAAAUGUGGUACUAAUGAUAUGCUCUUGGGCGAGAUGAUCUUAUUUAUUAUAAAUUGCUUAUAGCAUAAUUUCUUUCUUACUGAAUAACUGUUUGAAGACGCGAUAAAAAGUGGAAGACGGUGGAAUCAAAAAGAGAUAAAAAAAUAUAUCAAUGAAAAAAUCAAUUUUGUGCUGUAAAUUAGUGAUGGGCAAAACGGCUCCGACUGGCUCCAGGCAAGGUUUUAACACAAAGAACCAAACCCAAAUAGCCAGAAUUGCUUAAGCAGCUC